GUACGUGCAUGCGUUUGGAGUGCUUCUACAUUACUUUGUCUGUCCUCUAUCACAGGUCAGUCCUUUCGUCAACCGGAGGUUAGGAGUUUGUAGUCUGGUUGGCAACAGCGGCAUCUUGACUGGAAGAAAAUGCGGUCAGAAAAUAGAUUCCGGCGAUUUUGUCAUUAGGUUCAACAUGCCUCCUGUGUGUCCUCCGUACUUGGACGACAUCGGCACACGCACGAACAUGGUCACAACCAGUCGGGAUAGAAUGAGAUCCAAGUGGGCGCUUCUGAAGACCGGUACCGGACAGAAGAAGUUCCUUCACCACCUGCACGACCAGUACGGUCAGGACACCUUCAUCGUGUCGGCACCUUUCACAGUCCUCAAAAACAUCGAGGCCUUGCUCAGCGUCUCCAAGGUACUACGGUCCAACAACUCCUCUGUAGUACCACUGUUCAUCAGUCCCAUCCAUGUCAGACAGGCAAUACAGACUUGGGGAAAACUAGGGUUGAAGCUGGAAAAGGGAAAGAUAAACUUUUCUUCAGGUUUCUACUACACCUCCGUGGCCUUGGAGCUGUGUGAUCAGGUUAAUAUCUACGGGUUCUGGCCGUUCCGUACGGACAGGGAGGGCCGGCCGGUCCGCUAUCACUACUACAAGUCCGUGGAUAGUGGAGGGUUGAACAACAAUUAA